AUGCUCUUCUCGGCCACCCUCAAUGCCUCGGUCGAGGAUCUGGUGAAGCCAGAGCGCAUCCACGCAAGUCCUGUGAACGCGGUUGCCCAAACUCUGGAGCAGGAGUUUGUGAAGGCACCCUCGGAGGAGCUCCGGGAAGCAGCGCUGCUGAGUCUUGUGACCCGAAACUACAGCACCAAGGUCAUCGUCUUCUGCUCGACGAAGGAGGCGGCCCACCGCAUCGCCAUCGUCUUGGGCCUCUGCGGCCUCAGGUUCGCGGAGAUCCACGGGAACCUCUCCCAGGGCGAGCGCGCGGCGUCACUGCAGCGGUUCCAGCAGGGGCAGGCCGACUUUCUGGUUGCCACCGAUAUCGCUUCCCGCGGCUUGGACUUGCCCUGCACCAAGACCGUGAUCAACUUCCACCUGCCAGUUGAUGCUGGGGCCACAGCUUAUGCCGGCUUCAAGGCCCUCCCAUGCUUCAGAACUCACUGA